AAGUUACAACAAACAUAACCAAAAACCCUUGCCGCUAAUUUUAUAAAACAGCCAGGGUUAGGGUUUUAAGGAAGCGAGCCGAGGGUAUCAAUCAAAGUAGAAUGGGGGCAUAAGGAUUUUUCUAGCUUUCCGGGAAAGUGGUGAACUCCUGUCGUGGUUAGCGGUGAAAAAGAGGAGCUUCAAUCAGUUGAGUUGGGUGGCUUUGCAUUGGAUGACUCGCUAGGGUUUCUAAAGUGCAGCUCGCCAUGGGAGGAUCUCGAGUUCAAGUUAAUAAGCCUCACAAGUCUCGUUUCUCCUCCAAAUCUUCUCGCAGCCUUCACAAAGUCUCCCAAAAAGAUAAGAAUCGGAUCGCAAAAUCAGACCGGAAUGCAACGAAGGGAGCCCGAGCUGCUCGGCUUCAGCGAAGCAAGAUGCUGAGAGAGCAGAAGAGGGCAGCUUUUUUGAAGGAGAAAAGGGCUUCAAGUGGAUCGGCCAGCCCUCCCCGUCUCAUUCUUCUUUUCCCGCUUUCUCCAUCUGUGAAUGUAAAUUCACUUGCUGAAGAUCUUUUGAGAUUGCUAUCAACAGAAGGUGCUGGAGCUUUGUCAUCAACGGUUGCUUCUUCUGAGUACAAACUGCGAGCAACGGUACUGCAAGCUCCUCAUGGGGAUCUAUUAUCAUGUAUGGAAAUGGCCAAGGUUGCUGAUUUGAUUGCUUUUGUGGCAUCAGCUACUGAAGAAAGCACAUGUGACUAUAUUGAUUCAUUUGGAAGUCAAUGCCUUUCAGUGUUCAGGUCUCUUGGUUUACCAAGCACCGUUGUCUUGAUUCGUGAUCUACCUAUUGAGCUUAAAAGACGAAAUGAUGCAAAGAAGACCUGUACUUCUAGUCUUACUUCUGAAUUUCCAGAGGAUUGUAAGUUCUAUCCCGCGGAUACAAAGGAUGACUUGCACAAGUUUAUGUGGCUUUUUAAGGAGCAAAGGCUCACAACUCCUCACUGGCGAAAUCAACGACCUUAUCUCAUGGCACAAAAGGUUGAUAUGGUUCCAGAUGAUUCCAAUCCAGGAAAGUGUACUCUUCUUCUCACUGGUUAUACACGUGCUCACAGCCUAUCAGUGAACCAGCUGGUUCAUGUUUCUGGUGCUGGGGAUUUCCAGUUGGGAAAAAUUGAAAUUUUAAAGGAUCCUAUCCCUUUAAAUGCUAGAAAAGAGCAUAAUGCUAUGGAUUCUGAUGAUAUUCAAGAUGUUGAGGUUAUUCGUUCCCUAGCUCCUGAUCCGUUAAACGAGGAGCCUUUGCUUGUUGAGAAUGUUCCAGAUCCACUUGCUGGAGAACAGACAUGGCCCACAGAGGCAGAAAUGGCUGAGGCUGAUAGAAAUCAAAAGCAAAAGAGGCUGAGAAAGAAGAAUCUCCCUCGAGGCACUUCUGAGUAUCAGGCUGCUUGGAUCAUAGAUGAUACAGAUGAAGAGGAUUCUGAUGCCAAGGAUGAGGAUGCUGAUGACGACGACGAGGAUGAUGAUGGCAUGGUAUUGGAUGAAGGAGAAAGUGGAUUUCCUAGUCAAGAAGGCACUAAUAAUCCAGACUUUGAGGACCAAGCUUCCUUGUACUUAAGGGACUCUGAUGAAGAAACUGAAAAUGAUUCAGUGAUGAUGGAAGGGGAGAAUUUGACGAGGGAGCAGAUCGAGGCCGAGAUUAAAAAAAUUAAAGAGGCACAUGCUGAAGAUGAGGAAUUUCCAGAUGAAGUGGAUACCCCGCUAGAUGUUCCUGCUAGAAAGCGAUUUGCCAAGUAUAGAGGCCUCAAGUCCUUUAGGACAUCCUCAUGGGACCCCAAAGAAUCUCUACCUCCGGAAUAUGCCAGAAUUUUUGCAUUUGAUAACUUUGCAAGAACACAGAAGCAUGUUAUUGCAAAAGCCUUAGAAAUGGAGCAAGAGAGCAGAGACAACCGUGUACCAGCUGGUUCAUAUGCAAGGAUUUAUAUCAAGGAUAUACCUCUUGAUAUUGCUUCAAAAUUAUGUGCAGUUUCAAGGAGAGCCCCCAUUAUAUUAUGUGGUCUCCUGCAACAUGAGUCUAAGAUGUCUGUCCUACAUUUUAGUAUAAAGAAGCAUGAUAGUUACGAUGCUCCUAUUAAAUCUAAAGAAGAAUUCAUAUUUCAUGUUGGUUUCCGCCAGUUUGUUGCUAGACCAAUAUUUUCGACUGACAAUGUCAAUUCAGACAAGCACAAGAUGGAAAGAUUUCUUCAUGCAGGGCGUUUUUCAAUAGCUUCAAUAUAUGCUCCUAUUUCUUUUCCACCUCUUCCUUUGAUAGUUCUGAAGGGUGCAGGAGGAGCCAGCACACCUACAGUUGCUGCUGUUGGUUCCUUGAGAAGUAUUGACCCAGAUAGAAUAGUUCUAAAGAAAAUUAUUUUAACUGGUUACCCUCAACGAGUAUCCAAGUUAAAAGCCACAGUACGAUAUAUGUUCCAUAACCCAGAGGAUGUGAGAUGGUUCAAGCCUGUGGAAGUGUGGACAAAGUGCGGUCGCCGUGGUCGAAUUAAGGAACCUGUUGGUACACAUGGCGCAAUGAAAUGCAUAUUUAAUGGGGGCCUUCAGCAACAUGACACUGUUUGCAUGAGUUUAUACAAGCGUGCAUAUCCUAGGUGGCCGGAACACCGGUUCCCUGUCCUAAAUGCUUGAUCAAGAGCUUCUGUUUUCUAAAGAUAGGAGACAUGCUUGCUCAUGUUGGGAAUGAAGCACCGGUUCAGAUUAUCAAUUCCGAAUUUCAUGUUCGCUGUUUAUAAGCUACAUUCAGUUGGGGGAAUGGUCCAAUUUACCCUGCUGUCUUCUUCCUCUCAUUGCUGUGUUAGGGUGUUUGGUGUAUAUCCUAUGUGGCGUAGUUUAAUAAUAUAUAUAUGUUUUUAUUCGACAAAAACUGAUGAGGGAAAAACCAAGAGGGAAAAGAAAAGCUCUAUUUUUGUAAACUGAUCAGAUUUUGUUUGUUAUAUUUGCUCUGAGCAAUGCUAUAUAAUUUCCAUUAUA